AUGAUAUCCCCCAACCUCCCCCUCCGGCUCCACCACCUCCGCCGCCUUCUCGCCGCCGCGCACUUGUCCUCCCCCGCCGCCGCAUACUACUCGCGCGCAUAUUCCCCGCCGUUAAACCGAGCUCAGGCCCCGCCUCCGCCCCCGCCUCCGCCCUCGCCGCGCCAUCUCCCGGACCUCCCGGCGCGACGGUUCUCCUCCGGGCACGUCCUCCUCCCCACCAACCUCCAGGAGGAGCACGUCGCGUCUCUGUCCGACAGGAUCUACGACGCGGUGACAGAGACAGAGGAGGGCUCCAACGAGGGCACGGAGGCCGCCCUCGACGCGCUGGGCGCCGAGCUCACCACCCCGCUCGUGGCGGACGUGAUGCACCGCCUGCGCUACGAGGAGAAGCUGGCCUUACGCUUCUUCGCCUGGGCCUCCCAGCAGGACAACUACGAGCACGAGCACCGGACGUACAACGACAUGAUCGACAUCCUCUCCGGCACGAGGUACAAGUCCCGCCAGUUCGGCGUCCUCUACGAUGUGCUCGACCACAUGAAGUGCCACGGCACCAGGUCGGUGCCCGUCGAGGACCUGCUGGGCAUCCUGCGCGCCUACACCGAGAAGCACCUCGCCAACCUCAGGAAGCUGGCCAAGAAGCGGCUGGUGCGGAUGCGCACGCCGCCGGAGACCGACGCGCUCAACAUCCUCCUGGACGCGUUCUGCAAAUGCGGGAUGGUCAGGGAGGCGGAGACGGUGUUUGGUCGCGUAAGGAAGAAGCUGCAGGGAAAUGCCGAGGCGUACAACAUCCUGUUCUUUGGGUGGUGCCGCGCCAGGGACCCCAAGAAGGCCAUGAAGGUGCUCGAGGAAAUGAUUCAGAUGAAGCACACCCCAGAGAACUUCACGUACAUUGCUGCUAUUGACUCGUUCUGCAGCGCUGGUUUGAUCUCGGAGGCAAGAGAGUUGGUUGAGUUCAUGAGGACCGAGGGAUCGAAGAUAUCCUCGCCCACUGCUAAGGUAUAUGCUAUUAUGAUUGUUGCGCUAGCGAAAGCUGAUCGGAUGGACGAGUGCUUUGAGCUGAUUUCAGAUAUGAUUAAACGAGGCUGCAUGCCUGAUGUAUCAACAUUUAAAGAUUUGAUUGAAGGCAUGUGCUUGGUGGAUAAACUUGAUGCUGCUUACUGCAUUCUGGAGGAGAUGGGGAAGGCUGGGUUUCCUCCUGACAUUGUCACUUACAAUUGCUUUCUUGAGGUGCUUUGUAGUCUUCAGAAGGCUGAUGAUGCGCUCAAACUCCGCGAGAGGAUGAUAGAAGCACACUGUGAGCCCAGUGUUCAUACUUACAAUAUGCUGAUGGUGAUGUUUUUUGCGAUGAGAGAGCCACACAGGGCACUCGAUAUUUGGAUUGAAAUGGACAAGAGAGGAUGUCGGCGUGCUGUUGAUACCUAUGAAAUAAUGAUUGAUGGCCUGUUUGAUUGCGGAAGAAUGGAAGAUGCGACCACUCUUCUAGAUGAAGUAAUAAACCAUGACAUGAAACUGUCGUACAAGAAGUUUGAUUCUAUCAUGCUGCAAUUAUCAGCUGUUGGCAACCUUGGCGCAAUACAUCGGCUGUCAGAGCAUAUGAGAAAAUUUUACAAUGUCGCAAUGUCAAGACGUUUUCCGAUCACACAGAAGAAGAAGAGCAUUGGUAUUAGAAGGAGAUGAGUUCUGCAAGAUUAAUUGUUAGCACGAAUGUCAAGAGCUUAUAUGAGGUAAACACUUCCCUGGUUUUACUGCCAAGUGCCAGUCGCCAACUAUUAGUUUCCGUAUUAGACAUGUGCUGCAUUACAGUUUUGGUCAUGCCUACUUUUCUCUGAGCGAACACCUAAGUUACAUAUGGAAUGCUAAUCACAUGGACA